AUGGCGUACGAAGAACCGACCAUCUCGGUCUCCGCCAAAUCCACUCCCCCACCCUACGACCACACCUCCUACCGCACCGCCCCCCAAAAACUAAAAGUAACCUACCACCACGAUGAAUCUGUCGGAAACUACCACUUUGGCGAACGUCACCCCAUGAAACCCCACCGCCUCACCCUCACAAACCACCUCGUCCUCGGCUACGGCCUCCACCACAAAAUGUCGAUCUACAAACCUCGGAAGGCGACAUAUGAGGAACUACAGAAUUUCCAUGCGAGCGAGUAUUUGGAUUUCUUGAAGAGGGUCACGCCGGCCAAUGCGGAGGGCAUGGCGGGGAUGUUCCCGAAGUUCAAUAUUGGGGACGAUUGUCCCAUCUUUGAUGGGAUGUAUGAGUUUUGUCAGACUUACGCUGGGGCAUCCCUCGACGCUGCGCGGAAACUAGCGACAGGCGAAGCUGAUAUUGCGAUUAAUUGGAGCGGGGGGUUACACCACGCAAAGAAAUUCGAGCCGUCGGGGUUUUGUUACGUCAACGAUAUCGUCCUCGCCAUUCUGAAUUUAUUACGAUAUCAUCCAAGGGUGUUAUACAUCGACAUCGACCUCCACCACGGCGACGGAGUCCAAGAAGCCUUUUACUCCACAGACAGGGUAAUGACCCUCUCCUUCCACAAAUACAACGGCGACUUUUUCCCCGGUACCGGUUCCCUCUCCGAAUCAGGCGUCUCCCUCGGCGCCCAUCACUCCCUCAAUAUCCCCCUUCGCGACGGCAUCGACGACGACUCCUACAUCGCCCUCUUCCGCGCCAUCCUGGAACCAGUGAUGAACUCCUAUCGACCCUCCUCCAUCGUCCUCCAAUGCGGCGCCGACUCCCUCGGCUGCGACCGUCUCGGCUGCUUCAACCUCUCAAUCAAAGCCCACGGUGAAUGUGUCCGCUUCGUGAAAUCCUUCGGCCUCCCAACCCUCGUCCUCGGCGGCGGCGGCUACACAGUCCGUAACGUCGCCCGCUGCUGGACCUACGAAACCUCCAUUUGCCUCGACACCGCACUCUCCCCCACCCUCCCCGCCACAACUCCUUAUCUCGAAUUCUUCGGACCGGAUUAUACGCUACAUCCGAGACUUACGGGAAGGGUGGAGAAUAGGAAUACGAGAAAGUACUUGGAUGGGGUGAGGGUUGGGGUUAUGGAGCAGUUGAGGUAUUUGAAUUUUGCGCCGAGUGUGCAGAUGCAGGAGAUUCCGGGGGAUCUGGGAGGGUGGAUGGAGGAUGAGGAGGAGGGGGUUAGGGAUGGGGUUGAGGAUGGGGAGGAGGGGAAGGAAACGAGGUGGGGGGGAGAUAGGGAUGGGAGGAGGGGGUGGGGGGAGUAUUAUGAUGAACCGGUGGAGGAUGUUAUUUGA